AUCUCCAUUGACCAUGGAUAAACCAGUGUGCUUCAUUGACAUGGAGUCAGAUGGGAAGCUGUGUGUGCAGCAGUCAGCACUGCAGAUCCUGCAGCAGAUCCAGCAGCCAGUGGUGGUGGUUGCUGUGGUGGGGCUCUACCGCACCGGGAAGUCCUACCUGAUGAACCGCCUUGCUGGGAAACAAACAGGGUUUGCACUGGGCAGCACAGUUGAGUCCAAGACGAAGGGCAUCUGGAUGUGGUGUUUGCCCCAUCCCACUAAAUCAGGAACCACUCUAGUGCUGCUGGACACAGAGGGACUCGGAGACGUGGAUAAGGGAGACCCAAGGCAUAGCACCAACAUCUUCUGUCUGGCUGUGUUACUGAGCAGCACUCUGGUCUACAACAGUCGAGGGACGAUUGACAACAACGCUGUAGAGAAGCUGCAAUAUGUUACUGAACUAACAGAAUUCAUCAAGGUCAAAUCAUCAAAUGAGGAUGCUGACAAUUCGAGCGAGUUUGUGAAGUUCUUCCCUAGCUUCAUCUGGGCUGUGAGGGACUUCACACUGGAGCUAAAGAUCGAUGGCAAAGAUGUAACAGAGGAUCACUAUCUAGAGUUUGCUCUGAAGCUGAAACAUGGCACUUCAAGAAGUGUGUUGGAGUACAACUUUCCCAGGGAAUGCAUCCGAAACUACUUCCCUUCCAGGAAGUGCUUCACUUUCCCCUUUCCAACCGGCCCAGAAAACAUGUCUUGCCUGGAGAGCUUGGAUUCUGCUGACAUUUCUGCUGAGUUCCUGAAGGCAACAGAUAAUUUAUGCAAUUUUGUCUUUCAUGACAACAAUAUUAAGAGGCUGAAAGAUGGAUACAAAGUCAGUGGAAGAGUUCUGGGUCAUCUGGCAAAAAUGUAUGUUGACACCAUCUCUAGUGGGGCUGUUCCGCAGCUAGAGAAUGCUGUGAUUGCUGUGGCAAUAAUUGAGAAUGAAGCUGCAGUGAAGGAGGGCCUUAAAGUUUACGAGAGUGGAAUGGAGAAGCUGAAGAAGUUCUUUCCUCUAGAACUGAAAGAUGUGUCCUCAAAACACCAACAUCUCAGCAGCAUGGCAACACAAACUUUCAUAAAGUGUUCAUUCAGGGACACUGAUGGGAAGAACCUGAAAUCUCUAGAGGAAAAGAUUAAUAAACUCUUUGAUGGAUAUCUGUGCCAAAACGAGCAAGCUUCAAAGAGACGAUGUGAGGAUCUCUUGUCAUCCCUCUCUGCACCAAUGAUGGAAAAUUUCAAGCAGGGUUUCUAUGCCAAACCUGGUGGCUAUAAUCUUUUCUGCAAGGAUCUGGAGGACAUUAGGAAGAAAUAUGAUAGCCAGGCCCUUAGAGAAGUCAAGGCUGAAGAGGUCUUAGAGGAGUUCCUGAAGCAGAAGUCUGUGGAUUCUAAAGCAAUUUUGCAGGCUGACAAGCAACUGACUGAGAAGGAGGAAAAAAUUAAAGAGGAAAAAGAGAAAGCAGCCCUCCUGAAGCAGGAAAUCAAAGUUAAAGAAGAGAAGCAGCGGCAACUAGAAGAGAGGAUGCAAGCAGAGAGACGGAGUUAUGAAGAGAGGAUGAGACAGAUAAAGGAGAAGAUGGAAGAUGAGAUGAGGCUCCAGAGAAAGGAGGCUGAGUAUGCCAUGGACCGUAAACUGAGGGAGCAGGCUGCUCUGCUGGAGCAGGGCUUUAAGGAGAAAGCUGACAGGAUGAGACAGGAGAUGGAAGAGUUCAAGCGACAGUGCACUACAGCUGAACUUUUCAGAGCUAGCCAGAUUGCAGCGAUUGUAGAGAACUCCAACAGGAGACAUGCGGAAGAAAUGGCUAUGAUGAUGCAUGGGAUGCAUGGGAUGCAUAUGAUGCAUGAGAAGGAGACAAAGCCGAAGACACAAAGGAAGAAAAAAUAAUAAUACGUUCAAGAUGCGACUUGAUUGAAAGUCGACAUUAUUAUUCAUUUAUUACAUCCCUUACGAAAAUUAACUACUAUAAAAAAAUAAAAAAUAAAAACCCCAUGGUUUUGCUACACUAACCAUAGUUUCACCAUGGUAUUUGUAGUAAAACUGUGGUUAUACAAAUGUAAUCAAUACGCCAAAAAAAAACACACAAAAAAAACAUGGUUACUACACUUCUACUACAGAAAAAAACCAUGGUUAAUUUUCGUAAGGGAUGGUUCUCUGGAAUACUUGAUUCUAACUGGUCAGUUGCACCAUCCAGUUGUUUGUAAUCCCCGAUAACAACCGGUAAAACUGAUAACACACCUCUCUACUCUCAUGUUUCUUGUAUAACACUGCAGAAUCACACUUUUAAUUAAAUCAAAGAUUUUAAAACCGUUUAAACUCCAAUAUUUAAUGUUCACAUAAUUAUUUAGUGAGAAGCAGUGUAUUAAGUGGGAUGAAUGUUCAUAAUCCCUUACUUUACAUGUUCAUCUUGUUUGAAGUUCUUCAUUCAACUUGGCUGUGCUUGCUAGGAAUUGUUUUACUUUAC